AAAUCUGUUUAUAAUACAUUUUUAGGCGUUGAUCGCCAAGAAAGGUUUAUCCUAUGUUAGUAAAUUUCAGCUGCUGUAAAUACUUCAUUACGUUUGUAUAUUCGUUGAUGGCAUCAUUAAAUGCAUUUUGGUGCGGGUUGAUUAUUUUCACAGUAGGGUGCAAUGUAUUAUUCAUCAACUCUCAAAACAAUGCUUAUGAUGAUAACAAACAUCAAAGAAAAUCAAUCUCUAGAUUUUUCAAAUCAGUAGCCAAAAUCAUCACCAGACAUGGAAUCGAUGUAGGAGUAGUAGGAUCAAAUAUAACGGAACUUCUGAACGAUGAUCCACAUGAUAUUUACAAAUGUGGGCAAAGAUUAAUCAAGUUUAUCGAAUCAUUGAAUAAAAAUAAAAAAAAUGCGUUAACAAAUCAGGAAAAAGAUCAAAUUGAAGCUGAUUUUUGCAAUUUGGUCAGUUGGAUAUCGAUGUGCGAUACUUAUAAUCUUUGGACAGGCGAAUUCGGAGGAGGAAGUAUUUGCGCAGCUAUUCUGAAGAGUAGUGGCACUGAUCCAGUCGCUAUACUUGGAGCCAAAGAUGACGAUCCUAUAAGAAACAUCACAUACUGAAUAAGAAUCGUAAAAAUCUUGGGGAUGGAUGAUCAAUUGCUGGCAUAAACCUAAACCAUAAUUAUGAUCCAUGAAGCUGUACUCUAAAACGAACUAAGGAGAAUAAGAAAUUUUACGCUAGUCUGUUUUUCUAACACUGUUGAAAGAGAAGGUGUACUCAAACAAAUAAAUCAUAUUAUUUUGCCCAACUUA